AUGGCGGCGCUAAUUCUGGGAAACCUGUUUGUGCUCGCCACGCUAACAUCAGUGGAGCUGACAUGGGCUGAAGUCGGCGCAAUCAGUGAUCCUUUGCUGAGUGAUGCAGAGUGCGAGCAGGAAGGCUGCGCUCUCAAUGCCCUCCAGUUGCAGAAAGCCGCGCUGGAAGCCGAGCAAACUCAGGAUUCGACCAAAGAGAACCAGUCCGCGGAGUUCAACAUGUAUGGCUACCAUCACUGGGCUACCACAACCAUGUACGGUGAUGCGCCCCAUGCAGCUUGUGGCGGAAUCAACACUGCUGAACUUGUGAGAGGAACGCCCUAUUACAACGUGGCGUCAGCACAGGCUAUGUGGCGCGACUGUGGCGGUACAGGAAACUGCUGGUGUGGCCAAAGCGGGGGGGGCGGUGGAACCGUCGGAAUGGGCUGCUUUACCUGUGCCAAAGGCCGCUUCCUUAACAAUGCUUAUGGGACCAGAGGCCGUGCCUUGUGGGCACUGAUGGAAGAAGGCGCUUCAGAAAGCAGCUCGUCCAACCUGACCUCCCCAUUUGCAUCCGAGGAAAUCAUUCUCAUCGUGGGUGACUUAUGUCCACAUGCAGGCAAUGAGGAUUGGUGUCCAAGCUCGCCGGGAAGAAAGAACGCCUAUGGAUCGUUCCACCAUUUGGAUUUUUCUCACUAUCCAAGGAACAUUGACACGAGUCAUUCAGUGCCCAAUCUCAAUUUUGUCUUCAACAUGAUUGAAUGCCCACAUGACCUUUGGGAACGACAGCGCCGUCAGUCCAGGUGCAGAUAG